GGUCUGCCCCCAUCGGUCAUACACACUAUACAGAGUGCAAGAGCCUCUUCCACUCGUUCACUGUAUAGUAAUAAAUGGCGAGUCUUUGAUGAAUGGUGUGGACGGAUUCAUAUUGUCCCUUUUCAAUGUUCAGUGAGGGACAUUUUAUGUUUCCUGCAGGAUCUGCUAGAUAAAGGGAAAGCUUUUUCUACGAUAAAGGUAUACUUAGCGGCUAUAUCUGCUUGUCAUGUGGGUUUUGGUGACAAGACAGCAGGUCAGCACCCUUUAAUAAGUCGAUUUAUGAAGGGGGCACGACGUAAGAGGCCAGGGGCCAGGCGAAUGGUCCCAUUGUGGGAUUUGUCUACAGUCUUAGAGGCCCUUUCUCAACACCCUUUUGAGCCACUGGAAGCUAUAGGGUUAAAGUUUCUCUCGCUCAAGACAGCACUACUGUUAGCGCUGGUGUCAGCUAAGAGGGUGAGUGACUUACAGGCACUGUCAGUUAGCCCAUCUUGUCUGCAGUUUUCUGCAGGGUUUACAAGGGUUUCCUUUCGCCCUAACCCGGCUUUCGUACCUAAAGUAGUGGAUUCGUCAUAUAGAUGUCAAACUACAGAUCUUGCAGCUUUUCACCCUCCUCCGUUCUCUUCUCCAGAGGAGAGGAGGUUGAAUGCCUUGUGUCCUGUACGAGCACUUCGUGUGUACGUAGAAAGGACAGCAGGUUUCAGGAAAAAUGACCAACUGUUCGUGUCAUGGGCUACUCCUCACAAGGGGAAGCCAUUGUCACGUCAGCGACUGUCCCACUGGAUUGUAGAAGCUAUUUCCUUAGCAUAUGCAUGCAGAGGUUCCCAACCUCCCGAGGGCUUAAGGGCCCACUCAACUAGGGGCAUGGCGACAUCAUGGGCCUUACUCAGAGGUGUUUCGGUCCAGGAGAUCUGUGCUGCAGCAAGCUGGGCCACACCGCACACUUUUGUGCGAUUUUAUAGACUGAACGUGUCUGAGCCAUCCUUAGCUCAUGCAGUUUUAGGAGUCAGCACGUCAAGUCCCAUAUGAUUGGUAUAGCGUAUGUUGCAAUCCGGGAGUGGUCUAUAUCUCCCAUAGUGAAACACCGAGCGAAGUUAGAAAAAGAACGAUGGGUUACUUAACGUAAUCCCAGGUUCUUUGAUAACAGAGUGAGGUGUUUCACCAACACUUCCCUCCUUGCAUAGGAACGGGAAGAAAUCUCUCUUAAUGACUUCGUAGGGGUCGACCUGAGUAAUAUAGGUGGGGGCGGAGCCUGAUCUCAGGUCGACCUGUCUGUCAAAGACAGACGUGGUGGCAUAGGAGCUUCCGUAGUUGGUCACGCCCAAAGCGAUUCCCAUAGUGAAACACCUCACUCUGUUAUCAAAGAACCUGGGAUUACGUUAAGUAACCCAU